AUGAGCACGAAUCUACAGGACUGGGUCGAGCUUCUCAACGCUGAACAACAUGUUCAAGUUGAUAAGCUCAGGGAACACGCGAGACAUGGUGUAGCAUCUAGAGUCAGGGGGGAAGUAUGGCUUUACCUCCUAGAAGUACUGUCAGAGAACAAGACAGCCGAAAUAUCUUCCUUAGUGUCACUAAAUACAACAUAUCAGGCUCUGCCUUCGGAACUACCGACAGAAUUGACCGCUACUUUGUUAAGAACAGCUUUGGGACAUCAUACCAAGAGAUUUCGAAAUGAGACUUAUGCAGGACUGAUCACUUCUCUAACUUCUGAACAAUCAACCUUUACUGCAAAAGGGAAGGAGAGAGCCUCCAAUAAUAAUAAUAAUAAUAAUAACAGACAAGGCAGCAAUGUAUACUCAACCAUGGGAGGUGAAAUAAAGAGCUCAACUUCUCCAAUGAUCAAAUCAACUGACAAACAUGCACCACCACCCAUCUCACUUACUUCUUCUUUACAAGCAUCAGAUUCAAACAUCAGUGAACUAAACGAUCUGAAUACUAUAAGAUCUCAAUUAUCCCGUAUAUUACCACCACCACCCUCAACUCCUCCUUCGAGACACACAUACCUGACUAUAUUAGAAGAAGUUUUAGGUAAAUUUCAUAAUGCUGAAAAUAUGGCUGGAAGAGACGAGGAAUAUAGAAGAAAUCUGAAUGGCGGUUUACAAGGUUCAGAAAAUGAUUGGAUAUAUCUUGCAACUCCGUUUGUAUGUGUCUUAAGUAGACCAGUGGGGAUUUUCUUGGGUUUCCAAAAGCUCAUGGAGAAAUUGAGAUUAUUUCCUUCCAUUCCAUCCAGAUUGGCAUCUUUCCUUACAUUGUUUCGAUUGGCUUUACCGGAAUUGCAUUCAUAUUGUGAAGAUGAACAAGUACCUUACGUACAAGUAGCCAUGAGCUGGAUGACUACUUUGUUGGCGAAAGAAAUGUGGCUUGGGGACGUAUUGAGGUUAUGGGAUGCUUAUCUAGCUUCCGAUGAUAUGUUUGCUCUACAUUGCUACGUAUGUGUAGGUAUCUUAUCGACCUGCAAAGAAACAUUGGAAGAAUUAGAUGGAUCGGAAGCGAAACUCAUGCUACUUGAUUUACCGCCAUUGGAUGUCGACAGGUUACUGCAAGACGCUGCCAAUUUACGAGUCUCGUUCCCCUUACCUCGACCGGUAGAAAAUGAACCGUGA